AUGGCGGGAGGUGAGCGCCGGCGGCGGGGCGGGAGACCCGGGGCGGGGGGGACACGACACAAACCGAGGCCUGGUGCAAGCCGAGGCCCGCUAGGCCUUGCCCGGCGAUCGCAGCCCCCUCGGGAAGGCGGGGGUGGGGGACGACACGCACCCCGGUGUUUGUCCGGAGCCAGCGGGACUCGGCGGCGGGAAGAAAAUGAGAAGAAAACCGCGAUUGAAAAGGCUAAACCUAUAAAAUGUGGAACUUUUGGUGCUACAUCUCUGCAGCAGAGAUAUUUAGCUACAGGAGACUUUGGUGGAAACCUGAAUAUAUGGAAUUUAGAAGCUCCUGAAAUACCAGUAUAUUCUGUCAAAGGUCAUAAGGAAAUCAUAAACAGUAUAGAUGGUGUAGGUGGCUUAGGAAUUGGGGAAGGUGCACCAGAAAUUGUGACUGGCAGUCGAGAUGGAACUGUGAAGGUGUGGGACCCGAGACAGAAAGAUACUCCUGUUGCUAAUAUGGAACCUGUACAAGGGGAGAGCAAAAGAGACUGCUGGACAGUAGCAUUUGGCAAUGCUUACAAUCAAGAGGAACGUGUGGUGUGUGCUGGAUAUGACAAUGGGGACAUUAAAUUGUUUGACUUAAAAACCAUGUCUCUACGAUGGGAGACCAACAUUAAGAACGGGGUUUGCAGUGUGGAGUUUGACAGAAAAGAUGUAAAUAUGAACAAGCUAGUGGCCACAUCACUUGAGGGAAAAUUUCAUGUUUUCGAUAUGAGGACUCAGCAUCCAACCAAAGGUUUUGCUUCUGUUUCAGAGAAGGCACAAAAAUCAACCAUAUGGCAGGUUCGGCACCUACCACAGAACAGGGAUAUAUUUAUGACGAGUGGAGGAGCUGGGAGCCUUCAUCUCUGGAAAUAUGAGUACCCAGCUCAGCGCUCGAAGAAGGAUUCUGAAGGAGCUGAGAUGGGGGUGGCAGGUUCUGUCAGUCUCUUGCAGAAUGUGACUCUGUCAACGCAGCCGAUUUCUAGCCUAGACUGGAGCCCUGACAAAAAGGGGCUGUGUGUCUGUGGUGCCUUUGACCAAACUGUGAGGGUGCUGAUAGUUACGAAGCUUAACAAAGUUUGACAGGAAAACUAGAAUUUCUGAUGAGAAGGCAGUAUAGUUUACAGUCUGUAAAUAUGGGAGGGAGAGCCCUCCUGUUUCUAAUUUAAUUUCUUCCUUAUUAAAACUGGAUUAAAGAAAUAGAAACCAGAUCUUUCUAUUGAAAGUUCAGAUAUGUGCAGUUAGAGUUGUUUGAUUGUGCCUGGGCACAAACCUUUAACCUUCUAGAAAUGUGAAUUUACAUUUAAAAUGUGCCUUUGUGUUAGCGCAACCUGUAAUUUUAGAAAUCGCUUUAAAUUGUUUGUGUUCAGUUUAAUCAUAGUGCACAUCUGUUCACACUUGUUAAAUGGUUUGGCUUUUUUAUAUAUAGUAUUGUCCAUAUGCAUUCAUGCAGUGGAAAUUACUAUAUACUCUCACAGAAACCCUUUGUGUUAUUGGAUAUAUUAAUUAGAAUGUUUGUCAAAGUGACUUAGGAUUCUUCAAUACGCUAGAGAAACUAUAGUGAAUGCUGAAAUAUUCAGGUUUAAUGGAGUGAGCUUUUUACUGAAAAUCAUAUUGAAAUUAAACUAUUGGGCAAAAUGCACUGUUUUAUUAUUUCAGUUUGGUUUCAUAACAAGUUUCUAUGUACUGUUGUUUCUAUGUCUGUUUGCAACUUGGUAUUCUACAAAUAAAAUUAUAUGGACUGUUGUCUUAAUAUGAA